UCUUCUCUCUCUGUCUGCGCGUCUCUGUAACCGAACAGUGAAAAUUCACAUUGGGGAUCUGCUAACAGGCACAGAUGUCAUGUGAAAACGCACAUGCUCUGCCAUUCACACAGCCCUCCUUUCUUUUCUUUUCUUUUCUUUCCUCUCUCUCUCUCUCUUUCUUUAUUAAACUCCUUCCCCCUCCUUUUUCUUUGUAACUAACCAGCCCACCGCCACCUACCACCACCACUCCUUCUCCAAGUGAUCACAAAAGAAAUCUCUGAGAGCCGGUGGUGAUCUUUAAAAGCAAAUACAUAGAGAAGGGGAGGGGGGGAGGCUAAGGGGAGGGGGAGGCGGAUAAAGAGACCUUCCGAGAACCUUUUCCCCCUUUUCCUAUCCUUUUCCAUCCGACACAUCCGAUCCAUUAAGAACAGCCACCUUGGAGGAAUGAUUUUCCCAGCAGAGCAGAUCUACUCCGGCUGCAGCCUUCACUCGUGCUGAGAGGGUAUUUUUGUGAUACAAGGUCCGUGCUGAUAGCUUCAUGACCGCGCUGCAUAGGGAGCCGCCAACAUCAUGCGAGCACAAAUUGAAGUGAUACCAUGCAAAAUUUGUGGAGAUAAGUCAUCUGGAAUACACUAUGGAGUCAUCACAUGUGAAGGCUGUAAGGGAUUCUUCAGGAGGAGUCAGCAGAACAAUGCCUCUUACUCCUGCCCAAGGCAGAGAAACUGUUUAAUUGACAGAACCAACAGAAAUCGUUGCCAACACUGCCGACUGCAGAAGUGUCUUGCCCUAGGAAUGUCUAGAGAUGCUGUGAAAUUUGGAAGGAUGUCCAAAAAGCAGAGGGAUAGCCUAUAUGCUGAAGUGCAGAAGCACCAGCAGCGACUGCAGGAGCAAAGGCAGCAGCAGAGUGGUGAGGCAGAAGCCCUUGCCAGGGUAUACAGCAACAGCAUCAGCAAUGGCCUGAGCAACCUGAACAACGAAACUGGUGGCACUUACUCAAACGGACACGUCAUUGACCUGCCGAAGUCUGAGGGUUAUUACAAUGUGGAUUCUGCCCAGCCCUCCCCAGAUCAGUCUGGGUUAGAUAUGACUGGAAUCAAACAGAUAAAGCAAGAACCUAUCUAUGACCUCACUUCUGUACCAAACUUGUUUACCUAUAGCUCUUUCAACAAUGGGCAAUUAGCACCGGGGAUAACCAUGACUGAAAUAGAUCGAAUUGCACAGAAUAUCAUUAAGUCCCAUUUGGAGACAUGUCAAUAUACAAUGGAAGAACUACACCAGCUAGCGUGGCAGACCCACACAUACGAAGAAAUUAAAGUUUAUCAGAGCAAGACAAGAGAAGCACUGUGGCAGCAGUGUGCCAUUCAGAUCACUCAUGCUAUUCAGUAUGUGGUGGAGUUUGCAAAGCGGAUAACAGGCUUCAUGGAGCUCUGUCAAAAUGAUCAAAUUCUACUCCUUAAAUCAGGCUGCUUGGAAGUGGUUUUGGUGAGAAUGUGCCGUGCCUUCAACCCACUCAACAACACCGUUCUGUUUGAAGGAAAGUAUGGAGGAAUGCAAAUGUUCAAAGCCUUGGGUUCUGAUGAUCUGGUGAAUGAAGCAUUUGACUUUGCAAAGAAUUUAUGUUCCUUACAGCUGACUGAAGAGGAGAUUGCCUUGUUUUCAUCUGCUGUUCUGAUAUCGCCAGAUCGAGCCUGGCUAAUAGAACCAAGGAAGGUCCAGAAGCUUCAGGAAAAGAUUUACUUUGCACUUCAACAUGUGAUUCAGAAGAACCAUCUUGAUGAUGAGACUUUAACAAAGUUAAUAGCCAAGAUACCAACCAUAACUGCACUUUGCAACUUGCACGGAGAGAAACUGCAGGUAUUUAAACAAUCUCAUCCAGAUAUAGUGAACACGCUCUUUCCUCCAUUAUACAAGGAGCUUUUCAAUCCAGACUCUACCACUGGCUGCAAGUGAAGGGGAGAUAGAAUUGUCACAUAGUCAUGGAAUGCAUCACUGUUAAGACGAAAGAAAUGUUUUCAUGAAGAACUUAUUUAAAAUGUCACUACUGCAACACUAGGAAUGUCCUGCACUUAAUAGAAUUAUUUUUCACCGCUACAGUUUGAAGAAUGUAAAUAUGCACCUCUGAGUGGGGCUCUUUUUUCUUUUCUUUAUUUUUUUUGAACUGACCAUAAACAUAAAAAAAUAUAGACACUGGGUAUUACCUUUUUUAAUUUUAUUUUAUUGGGGUAUGUUUUGGGAGACAACUGUUCAUAGAAUUUUAUUGUAGAUAUAAAUGAGAAUAGAGCAGUACUUUGCAGUAUUACUCUUGCUGUUUAUUGUUCAAAUAUAAUUUAAGAAAAUUUCACUUAUUAGACUUGCCUAUUUCUAUGUUUUUAGAUAGUUUAAUGCAUGUUGAAAUUUGUAGCUGUCUUGAAAAUUGUGCAUGUAUGAAACAUACAUAUAUGUAUAUGUACUAUAUACAAAUACAUAUAUAUGUAAUAUAUGCACAAUGUUGUAGCUUAAAAUCCCAUGCCUAUUUUCAAAGGAUGCUCAGUCAGGCUCUCCUGAAUUUUUUACUCUCCAACUAAUAUAUUAGAUUUUCGUUGGGUAAUUGGGAUUUUGCUUUGUCAGCUAGAUUUAAAUCAUCAAUCUCCAAUCUAUAGUGACAGGAUGGUACCACUUCUGAGAAAUGUGUAAUGUAGUGCAUGUCCAUAGCUGGUAAAGGAAACAUCAGGAUUAUAUCAAUGGUGCAAAAGCCUUGUCUGGAUGAUUCAAGUGUACAGAGGAAAAGUUUGGAAUUUGUUCCCUGUUACAGGAAUAAGACAUAUGUAGAAAUUAACAUUACAGGAUAAGAGGCCAGUAAGGAAUCUGGAAUAUGGAGUAAAAAUGUAAAUUAUCCCAAACAGUAUAAACUUUUACUUAUAAGCUUUUGUUGGGUCCCAAAAAUGUACUGUUUGGGCUAAUUUACUUGUUUGUGACUCAACUGAAGCUUAUAUUUUGUUUUUUUCUUUGAAAGCAGUAUGCAAGGCCUGAUCUUGCUUCUAUUGAAGUCUAUAGAAAGAUUCCCAUUGACUUCAGUGAACGCAGGCCCAAAGUAGUUUUUAAAAGUAAGCGUGGGAUGAUGAUGACAAUGAGACUGGUGACAGCAAACUGUCACCAACUAAAACAUGAUCAGCUGCUAAAUGAAACCAGAGGGUUUCCAUUUCGUAUUAAUUUGUGAUGUUUGAGUGAUACUAUUACAGCUUCAGGAAGAAGUAGGGGAUUGUUUGGGUGGAUUUUUUUCUACAGAAGGAAAAAACAGCAACCCUACAGCAGCAACAUUCAGAUGUGGAUGGAAAGUUGACCCAGACCAUUCCUCAAAAACUGGGCUGCUCUACUCCAUUGUAUUCAUUUUUGCCAGUCUCUUUGUACUGGAGGAAGGGGAGUAGGAGGUUAGCAGAGUAUGAAAAAGCAGUAGUGAAUAAUUCAUUCAUUUAUCGGAUCCACACAGGUAGAGGCCUUCUACCUGUGAAAGCACAGGCUAUUCAGCUUCUGCCAUGAUGAUCUCUACCAUUCGUUUCGUCUGAGGAGACUACUCCACAUGGUCUAAAAUCUAUAUGGGAUCAGAUGACAGGAAAGGCGAUUUCUGAAACAGGGCUACAAGGAGAUACAUUCUUUACUCCCAAGUUCCUGCCAUAAAAACUAUGGCAUGCCACACAGUGCAAUUACUAUAAUUUUUUUUGUAAUGGCCACAGGCUGCAUGGAAAGCCCUGUCUUUAGGUUCCUCUGGAGCUGUACUGAUAUGGAGCUGGAGGAGACACCCAAGGGAACCUGAGCAGGGAUAUUAUAUGGUUAGUCUGAAGCUUCCAGCCAGUUUCAGGGGCUCUGAAAGGUUCUGGUUUAAUCCUUCUCUCCCUUUCUUUUGGAGGGAAUAGUUUGCAGUUUUCUUUUCCCCCAAAAGCCACUUCUGUAUUCCUUCCACACAAACAGGGCCUAUUUAGGCAAUGUUAAUAAUUGCUUGUUGAUGAUGUUCAUUUUCCUUAGCGCUCACGCACCAGAUACAACAGCAAUAAAUUAAGGAAGCAAAAUUCUCUACUCUUCACAUAACACAGAGUGUCAAACAUAUGGCUUGUGGUCUGGAUCCAGCUCUUGGAGCUGAGGGAUCCAGCCUUGAGGUCACUGGAAGAACCCUAUGCACCAGUGCAGCCCUACUUUCUGCAUGAAGCACGUGGGCUGGACCUGAUGCCAUACAUGCUGAAUGCUGCACAGGGGUUAGUCCAGGGUGUAUGCAUGCCCUGUACCAGCCCCACAUGCUGCAUACACAGUGAGCCCCAGGGCUGGUGCAUGUGGACUAGACCCAGCACUAUGGCUGCUACAUAGAGGACUCGCCCUCUAUGUACAAAGUAAAAAAUACAAAGUAAACCUGACUGUGCUUCAGAAAUUACUUAGGAAUGUAAAUGAUCAGUUUCUAAAAUAACUUUUCUCAAGUGGAGCCAAAAGGGUUUUCUCACCUGGAGCCAUGUACCCUGAUAUUCCUAAUCAAACUGAAAUGUCUGUAAUUAUAGUAAAAGGUAUUUGCACUUCCCUAGUAACUUCCUUCUCAGCUCAGCUCACAAGCAUUGACUCAGCUUCAUGGUCUCUUGUGAGAGGGUGCAGGUAUUUAUAUUCCCAUUCUACCAAGGAGGAAACUGGAGCAAAGAAGGCAAAAAGCAUGAACCUGACACACUGCUGUAAAUAAGAUCAGUAAUUUACUAUGGCAUAAAAUAAUACCUGUGUCUGAUGGAACUAUCCUAUGCUGGAGUAAAUUAAUCUACUGCACAGUAUUGUGGAGCACAUGUAGACAGUGACACUUUACUACGUGUUAGUCUAAUAUGCAGUAGACAUGCCCAGUUUGUCUUUUUAAAGCACAAAGAACAAGUACAUAUAUUUGAAAACCUCUUGGCCCCUGUUCCAGAAAUGUAGAGUAUGUGAUAAAAAUAAUUGUACUUUUUGUUAGUAAAUAAGGAGGCUGUAUUACGGUGCUAAUAAGAGCACUCCUUCAUUACUCUAUGUUGCUUCCUUAAAAGUUUUUCAGUUCUUUCCUUUGCAAAAUAAGACAGCAGUCUUAGAGAUUUUAGCUCAUGUACUUUACUCAAGCUAACUGAAUGUGGGGUGUAGACAUUAAAAAGACAUUAUUUAGCACUUAAAAUAGCACUUUCCAUGUUCAAAACACUAGGUAACCAUUCACUAAUUAUGCCUCCCAGCACCUUUCAUGGAUAAGAAUCAGUACCCCCAUUUUAAAGAUGAGGAAAUGAGACAAAGACGUUAACUGACUCGGCAAAGGCCACACAGUUCAAACUUGGAUUUGAUGACAGGGAUUUAGGCUCUGAUUUUCCUUUCCAGAUCCACACACCAGUUUUUAAUAUGUACUAUUGCUCCCCUACAUUAAGAUGGUUAUAAAAGCAGUGUUACUUUUUUAUAUACAAAGUAUAUUGGUCACCAUUAAAAAGGCAACAUUUGCAAAUAGUUACCACAAUACCUGGUCAAAUUAUUCAUUGAACAUUAUAUUUAUUGUACAUUCCCUACCUCCUUUUCUUAUAGCUUUUGAAUUCUUUGAACAUAGGCUCUAAAUUUGCACGAAGUGAAUACAGAUGCAUUUCAACACACAACUUGUUUGCUAAUUUUGAUUAGUUGCUAAUUAUUUGUUACAUUAUUUGUAAUAUGAGACUGACCAGUUAAAAGUAAUAAUGUUACUUCUCCUACUUAAUUAUCUGACUAAAAUUUAUAAAACCACAGUACAAGAAAUGACAACUCCCAGUCUGAAUUUGGGACAUACGUGCUAAAAUUUAAGAAAUUGGAGAUUUGAGAUCUUUUCCAUGUAUAACUCUCAGCCACCAAACUACUUGUGAACCAUGUACAAUAUAAGGUCCACAACUGACAGCAAAUUGAAGUCUAGGCAUUAAUUCCAGAAAAUAUUUCUGUAUUGUUUUAUGUACAACUAGCUCUAGUUAUUCCACAGUGGGAUCUGACUCACCACCAUUAGCUCCUUACAAUUAGAAGUUGCCAUAACUGCAUUGUGUGGUAAUUGCUGAUACAUGUUGACUUUUUAAUGACAAGCACUUUAAAUGGGACUGAUUUUCAGUGAUUGAUUAGUCCCAGACCUCUAACAAAAAAAGGGUAUAAAAAUAUAUGUUAGCUCUUCCACUUCUAGCAUUAUAUUCAGAUAAUUCAACCACAUUGAACCAAAUGAUCCUCAGCAUCUAUCAGACAGAUGUAGACGGUUUGUUACACUACUACCGGGACUUAAUUUUGGUGUAAAUGUUACUCCUGCUAGCUCUUUGUAUAAAGAAUUAAUUCCAAGAGUCAUAUUUCCUUCUAAUGGAAAGAUUGCUUUACUGAUUGUUAGGAAAACAGGAUAAUAGAAGGCACUCAAUUCAAUCAAGCAGUUUCCAAAUGCUAUAUAUAUAUUAUGAUUGGUUUGCAAAAAGCAACUUUAGGAUCUGAUCCUGUGAGUUGCUGGGCUCCCAGGGCUCCAGCUAGAGUCAAUGAAAAUGGAGGCCCCUCCACACCUCAUUGGAGUUUCUCAAACCCUCAUAAAAUUAAAGGCCGUCAGUGUUUGAAGCUUUAGUUUUAUGGAACUCCUGUCAAAUGUUGGCUUCACAUAAGCUUUAAUGUUUCUACUUUGUGCUUCUCAUUGUUAAUUCCAGCUCCAUUUCACAGCAGAUAAUUAAUUUCCUCCAUUUCAUCUUAUAUUUUUAGAUUGGGGCAAUUUGUGCAUUUGGGGAAGGUUUGAGGGUCUUGGCUGAAAGGCUUUUUGUACCCAAGACAAUUUGUACUGUGAUUGCUUUCAUCUGUGUUCAUCCUAAGCAGCCUGUACUGAUGGGAGUUCUUCUUUGACUUGAUUCCAGGGGGUGGGGGAGGGGGCAAGUUGCCAUCUUGAUAUUUAAGCAGAAAGGGCACAUACCCUAUUACCUAGGACCAGCAUGAGCUAUGUACUGGGCUACUCUACAAAAGUUGGGGAAAAGAAUAUUCCCCUUCCUACCUCCAAACCCAGGUUAUGAAGAGAUAGUGGGAUUGCUCCAUAGACGCUGCUGUAGCCUCAGAGCUGAAAUUUGAAUUGUGACUGAUCAGGCUUCAUAUUCACAGAUGCACAGGUGCUGGCCUCUGCAUCUAAAUAGCCCCCUGCCAUAAAGCAACAUGAUAGGGCAAAAUGGUCAGGUUCCGUGCGCCUUCCCCCAAUACUAUUCCUCUCCAUAUACUCCAUUGAUUGCAGCAUGCAUUCAAAAUAUCCUGAUGUCCUUCCUUGGACUGUAUUAUAUUACCAUAGUCUAUUUGGAAGCUCAGCUAUACAGAACUCAGUAAAAAGAUGAGAAUGAAACAUAACAGCCAUUUUGGCCUAGGCCUAUCCUGUAUGUGUUGAAAGUGAAACCUGAGACAAAUACAGAUUUCUUUUUGCUGACGCUAACAAAAUUUGGUAUUUAUACUGAAUAACUUACCCCAGCACUUUCUGCCUCCAUUCUGAAGACUAACUAUUGUCUCUGACAUCCUGUAGCAAUAGCAUGUCAGAGAACCAGUCCUCUUCUUUCCUUUCAAAGUUUUGUGCUUUGUAAAUGACAAUCACUGCUCGAUGCAGAUGUUGCACUGUACUCCACUCAGGGAUGUUUCACUAUUAAAGAUAAAUAUAUAAUAUAAUGGUAAUAAUAAGGAAAAGAAUGUUAGAGGCUUUGAAGGGCACAGAUUUAGAUGCCCAAAUGAAAGAGACCCAGACAAGGCUUUCAAGCCAGUGAUUAGAAAUGACGUUGUUUAUACUAAAUUCACAGUCAGUGGUUCCUCAGCUUUCCUUGCUGUUUCUCAGUAGAGUAUUCCUGAGCAAUUUAUACAUGUGCAUUGAGAGCCUGUUGAGAAUCAGCUUGAGCUCUGUAGGAGUUACUGAAUUUGGACUAUUGACAAAAGAAAGUUUGGUUUAAAGGUACUGAGUUAAAGUGGAGUUAAGGUGGGUUAUAUUCAGGAUUGCUGCAAGAAUGUAAAACAAAGUUGUAUGACAGAAUAAAUUAUAAUGUGUUGGCAACAACAGCCAAAGUUUUGAGCAAUUACCACAUGGAGAAAUUAUCACUAAGAGCAAGUAACAGAAAAUAAAAAGGCCCCCUUUAUCCUCUUCUCUCAGGGAUGCAUGAGGUCAAAAUUCCUAGUUGGGCCUCUAUCUAGCAGGGCAGCCCUUCUCCCAGAAAAUAUGAGUUUGUGAGUUUAUAUGCAUCUCUGGCAAAACAUAUUCACCUCUAACUGUGAAUUCUUUACUAUUCUGCUAAAGGAACAAUAUCCACCUCUCCCUUCUCUUCCAGAUUUGGAAGACACUGUUUUACCCCCUGAUAUCUCAAAUGAACCCCCUUCUUCUCUGUUUACAAGAACCUCACACAAAACUGGAUUAUAAUGGAUCUAAUCUGGAUCAGCCAGAAAUAAGUAAUUCUCCCCAGGUCCCUGACUGAGCUAACCUCUUCCCAUUUCCAUGAUGGGAUUUCUUUACAUCUCCAGCUUGUUUUUGAGUGAGUACAUAUGGUUUGGUUAGGAUCCUUUCCUGUUCCUGAAGCUGUGUUGGGAACCUCAUAUCAAGAACUAGAAUGUAGAGUCCCAGAUUUUUACUUAUGCCAGUAGUUUAAAUCUAUCAUUCUGUCUAUCUAGCUUCUUAUGCAGGUGUCCACACCAUAGCAUCUGACCCACUGCAGCUUGAGUUUAGGCUAUUCUAGUUCACAAAUCAUAGAAGUCAGUCUUUGAAGACGCUUGCAGGCAUUUCCCUAUCUUGUCCAAAGGCAGUUUCCCUGCAUCAAAUAACUUCCCACCAAAUCAAGGAUCUGUGUGGUGACUGACCCAUUUCAGAUGCUUUUCAAAGCUCUUUCACCCCCAAAAAGUCCUUACUUGAGCAGCCAUGUGGUUCAUUUUACACUGGCAAAGUAGGAAGGAACUCUUCUUGCCAGCCUGGGCAAGUUGCCCUGGACUCUAUUGCUCUCACAUUUUAAUCUUGGGAGAUACCAAGGGAAUUGUUCUAUUAAUGUAUAGCCCCUAAACUGGUUUUGAAGCUGUUCAUUUCACUAGAAAUAUCACUUGCAUGCAUAGUCUCAAAAUAAAAGAAAAACAAUUUGUAUGAAAUCAAAUUUCUCCUGUGGUAACUAAUAUCAGUAGCUCUCCCUAAAAGGCAAUCUAAAUAUAUGCUGAUGUAGGUGGAUUAUGUUAAUGCAGCAGUGUCCAUAAGACAAUCCUUUCAUUUAUGCUGAAAGAGUAGGAAAAUGCACAAAAAUGCGUCUGAGAAUAAGGAUUAGGUACUUAUUUGGGGCUUAAUUUUUCUUGGACAUCAAUGCAGACAAUGAGGAUAAUACUGCUGACAGUGAGUUCAGUAACUUGAUGUACUAUACUUGCAUAUGUUUAUCAUCCUAACAACUCAACCACAGUAUAUAGGGAGAGUGAAAGAAAACAUCAUUGGAUAUAGGAGCAAUAAAUUCUAAGUGUUAUUUUAUACAUGCAGAAAAUGUUUGCUUUGCACGCUGUCUUCUGUACAAUAGCAUUAAGAAAAAGCUUCAUCUACUAUAGGUAUAACAGUAUUUUUACCUAUUUUUGGACUUGCUGGGUGGACCUGCUAAUUUAUGAUUAAAGAUACUGCUGUAGGGGGGGAAAAUGUAUGUGCUUCAAGAAAAGAUUGAGACCUUAUUUUAUUGCUAUACAUUGACAACAAUGAAGUAUAGUCGUUAUAAAAUUAUAUCUAGAUAGAAUUAGAAAUUUGUCUCCUUGUUUUCAAUUUUAUUGCCACAUUAGUCACCUGAUAUUUAAGCAGCAGAAGCCCAAAAGCAUUGAAGAACAAGUAGGGCCAGAUGGGCAGCCACAAACAACAGAUUUUACCUUGAAGACGAUUCUACUUAAAAACAGCUUAUAAAAAAGCACGUAUAUUUGUCUUGAUUAGAUUCCCAGCUUAAUAAAUCAGAGUAAUAGAUUAGCCUCUCAGCUUCUUCUGGGAUUCAAAUGCACUACAACUGUUUUCUUUAAAUGCAUCACUUCAGUGUCUGAAUCGGGCAAAUUUUUGUUGUCAUGAAUAUGAAAUGCUAAUAAUAAUUUAACCUUUCAAGGUUCUAAAGUGUAGACCAUGCAUUCUUGUGCAGUAGAUGGGGAUUUGUUUGUGCACUUAUCAUUAAAUAGUGACUGAGCACCCUAACAAAUAAACUUGCUGUGAAAAUCUUUGUCUCUUGCUUUAUUGCAACGUGACCUCCAGGCUACAGGGAGCAGCUCAGUGGUUGUACUUGUGGCCACAAAUAAAGCACAACUAAAGUUCUAACUUGCUAUAACUGACACCCAGUUCAAUCAGAUGUCUGGGGUGUUUUGAGAUUUACACAGUCAUCUGUGGGAUGAUUCCCAUGUCAGACUAAUUACUCUGGCUGUAAUUGAUGGACACCAUAAAUAAAUUAGGAAUCGGAAUAUCAACAAAACCCCUUAUUUUACCACUGCACUGUCUGCCUCAUCUGUUUAACACUAUAAAAGUAACUAAAAGCAAACAAACAAACAAAAAAAAAUAAAAAUCCUGAGUAUGUAUUGUAGAAAUGUAGAAGACAAAUAAAAUAUUUUUUCAAAUGUAAUUACUUUUAAUAUAUGCUUGUGGAAGGUCUAAUACUAUGUAAGCUGUCUCUGUAAUUUUUGCUGUAAAUAACUUGGGACAGUGAAUACACUGAUUUUUUCUAUGUCUGUUUAAGCAUAAGACUUUGUAACAAUUUUUUUUAAAGAGGAAAAAACAUCAAAGAGCAAACUAUGUACUUGCUUCCUAUGAGUGUAAUCUACUCUUCAGUUUUUAUGAAAACUGAUUGUAAUAGAUAAAGCCUUUUGACCAGCCAUUGGUGUUUAGUGUAUACUUCUGUUUGUAAUGGGGGGGUGGCGGGAGGGAAACAAAUGACAAGACUGUCAGUAGAACCUUUUCCCAAUGAGUCUGUAAAGCAAGUAUUGUACUAAUACCUGCAGACUGCAUUGAAGAAUGCAAUUCACAAAAGCUUGUUGAAGCAAAUAAUAUUUCCUUAAAGCAUAUGGCUUUUAUGUAUCCUUCCAGUGUGGAUUAUAUUAAUAGAAACAAAUUCUUCUUUCCAAUGAACAAAAUAUUUUUGUAUGCUUUUAAUUUCUUAUUCAAAUUUGAGGUCAGGUCACUCAUUAGCUAUAAUCUGAAGCCAUAACUGACCUUCACCAAAUAAAUGUUUUAAAGAUCCUAAUAGGAAAAAGAAAUACUGUCCAGUGUACUGACAUCUUUAAAAUGCAGGCAGGAGCAUAAAUAACAUGCAGAGCAUUUGGAUGCCUUUCCUGCAUCCCAAGUGUGACUUUAAUGGCUAAUAUUUUAUGACUACCAAUUUAUAAAAACAUAAUUAAAAUAGAUAUUUAGAUUUAAAUGAAGUUUCUAAUAUUUUUGAAAUAUCCCUGAAAAUGCUUUCUUGCUUUUAGGAUUAUGAGAGAAAAUGAUUUUUCAUAUACUUCCAACUUUCAAAGAUUUAAUGUUUUUAUCCUAUUUCCAGUUACUUUUGUUAAGAAUUAAGUGAGACAUUAAGUCCCCAGAUUUCAAAGCCAUGAGCUAUUUGGAGCUUGGCUGUAGCUAUGUCGUUGUAAAUUAAUUUCAUUUGAUUUUGAGGUGGGGGGUGUAGUUUGCUACUCAAUAAGCAUGCUCACCACUGUUGGUAACGCACAAAAGCUGCAUUGCCUGAGAAGUAUGUAAAAAUAAAAUACAAAUAACAAAUGUAUCUCUCAAAGUGGAACAAAAAUUACUUUCUAAAGCAAAAUGCCUCAUAGAGCCGUCAUUUUUUUUCCUGAAGGUUAAUUGUAUAAUAAUAACGGUGAUGUAUUUUAACUGCCUUGUAGAUGCAAAAAGCAAAACCACAAAUGAACCAGUGACAUUUUGGGUGAAAUCCUGGUUCCACUGAAAUCAAUAGCAAAAGCUCCCAUUGAUUUUAAUGGGGCAGGGUUUUUCACUCCUUGAAGUUUUCUUCUAAUCUCUCUCUGCUCUCUCUCCCUUGUUUAAUAUAAAAGCCCUAAUUUAUGUGUAUGUGAGUAAAACUACAGCCUGGUUCAUUUAGAAAGUGACCAUUGAGGGUUUUGGUUGGUUUUUUUAAAUCAUGAAUAUCCUAGGACCAGCAUUCCCUGUCAAAAAAAAAGGUUUUAUAUUACUUUAGAAUGUAAUAGAUUUUUGUCUUAUUUUGUCUUGUAAAUUAUUAGUUCAAUACUGUUAGCAUUCCAUAAUAAUGCACACAUGAUUUUGAAUGUUUUCUGUAAAUGACAAUCAAUGUUGAUGAAGUUCCUUUCUUUAAUGCUGAACAAAAUAAAAAAAAAGCUAUA